GGAGUUGAAGCUAGCCCUUGACUUGUUAGCAAUGGCUGCAGAUUCUACCGCUAAGGUUCUUGGCAUUGUUUUCUUCCUUGUCCUUAUUUCUCAAGGCUAUGGUCAAUAUUGCUCCCUCAAAGAUCUCUCCCUAAGCCAAUCUAAGACAGGAGCUAAGGUUCAAGGAAAGCCAGAAUAUAGCGUGUCUAUCACCAACAAAUGUGCCUGUGUCCAAAGCGACGUGAAGUUAAAUUGCCGCGGUUUCAAAACCGUCGAGAAAAUAGAUCCAUCACUUUUGCAGGUCUUAGGCGAUGAGUGUCUUGUUAACUAUGGUAACUCUAUCUACCGUGAUGCUGUCAACUUCACAUAUGCUUGGGAUCGGCCUUUUCCAUUGUUUCCAAUUUCUUCACAGAUUAGUUGUUCUUAAGUAACACAUGUAUUUUGGCUAUGACCUUUUGCUAUAGUAUGGUU